AUGAUGGAGAACCGAGGCCUCAUACCGAUUCUGGUCACGAUGAUGCUCGUGACCGGUGUCUGCAAUACAAUCUUGAACAAGUACCAGGACAUGCAAUGUGUGAGGGAUUGCGAUGCAGCCAAUCCGAAGGAUCGGAAGCUCUUCGAGCAACCAGUCAUCCAAACAGCGCAAAUGUUCAUCGGUGAAAUGGCCUGUUGGUUGGUCGUUGGAUUAUCUGUCCUCUACCAGCAGUUUGUCGUUCCCCGGCUCGGUCGCGAAUCGUCCCCGCUCUUUGAGGGUGGAUAUCAGCCCGUGCACGAGGACGAGGAUGAGCGAGAACAAGCCUUGGAAGACGCGCAUCCUCGCAGUCCGAGAAAACCAGCACACGACGGAGAAGACAGGAUUCGCCUUCGUGGUUGGCGCAUUUUCCUCCUCGCUGCUCCGUCUUGCUGCGACAUUGCAGGAACGACCUUGAUGAACGUCGGCCUUCUCUUUGUUGCCGCAAGUAUUUAUCAGAUGACUCGUGGAGCUCUGGUUCUCUUUGUCGGUCUCUUCAGUGUCAUCUUCUUGCGCCGGAAGCUUUUCCUGUAUCAAUGGAGUGCACUCUUCGUCGUUGUACUGGGUGUUGCUCUCGUUGGUCUCUCCGGUGCCCUGUUUGGAGGCGAAACUGGUCACGAACUCAGCCACGAGACCGGAGUCGACGCUCAGACGACUGCUAGGACUCCUGAAGCAGUACAGACCAUCAUCGGUGUUUUGUUGAUUGCAGCAGCGCAAAUAUUCACAGCCUCGCAAUUCGUGCUUGAAGAGUGGAUACUUGAGAAUUAUGCUAUGGACCCGCUCCAAGUUGUGGGCUGGGAAGGAAUCUUUGGCUUUUCUGUUACUUUUAUCGGCAUGAUCAUUUUGCACUUCGUGGUCGGUAACACUGAUGCUGGUCGUUAUGGUUAUUUCGACAUGAAGGAGGGAUGGCGCGAGAUCACCACGAACCGUGCUGUGGCGAUCUCUAGCAUCCUUAUUAUGAUCAGUAUCGGUGGCUUCAACUUCUUCGGUCUCUCCGUCACACGCACUGUCUCUGCAACUUCCCGUAGCACCAUCGACACGUGUCGUACUCUGUUCAUCUGGCUGGUCUCACUUGGUCUGGGCUGGGAAUCCUUCAAAUGGCUUCAAGUUGCCGGCUUUGGCCUCCUUGUAUAUGGCACGUUCCUCUUCAACGACAUUGUUCGUCCGCCUUUGAAGGCUUGCCUUCCAUCCGAGCGCAGAGAGGGCCAGGUCCUGCUCCCCGAGGAACCUAUUGAGCACAUUUAA